AUGGUGCCUUCUCCAGUCUCUGCUAAGCAGACUCCACAGUUUCCCCAGUGCAUUGACUGGGUAUUGGAGAAUCAGCACCCUGAUGGCUCAUGGGGUUCUCAUGAUCAUCAUUCUAGUCUGAUGAGAGAUGCUCUUGCCUCGACACUGGCAUGCGUGAUUGCCCUCAAACGGUGGAAUCUUGGUGAGGAAAACAUGGAGAAAGGUAUAGCCAGAGAGCUUUGAUGUAUUUUACUUCUCAUAAUAUCAAAUACUAAAUCUGACCUUAAUCACUCACCUGCAGGAAUCAACUUUAUCAUGUCUAAUUGGUCAGCUAUUAGUGAUGAGAAGCAACACUCACCGAUUGGAUUUAACAUUAUAUUCCCUGGUAUGAUUACCCUUGCCAGGAAGAUGGAUUUGUAUCUUCCCCUGAGCCAAUGGGAAUUAGAGAAGAUGUUCCACCUGCGGGAACUGGAACUGAAAAGGUGCACAAACUUUGUGAUUAUUCGAGUUUCUUUAAGUACAUGACCUGGGGAAUUUCACGUAGAUUUGAAUGGUCAGCGUUUUUGGUGGACCUAUGCUUAAAUAUCUUUAAUUUCAUCUCUUGCUCUGUUUGUCUCACAAAAGUUCCUCCGUACAGGGAUGUUUUUCCUUAUCAAAUAAACUGUGUAAAUCGAGCGAAAUCAAUUUUACUCUGCCCAUUAAAUUUUCACCUUUUUCAAUAUCUUCUUUUCCCUCUCUCUCUCUCUCUCUCUCUCUCUCUCUCUCUCUCUCUCUCUGCAUCUAUCUUUCUAUCUCUUUCUCCCUCCUUAGCAUAUUUGUUACUGAUUGGUUUUUCAAUCUUAAGUAUGUUUCCCCAUUAUAUUAUUUUGAAAAAAAAAUUAGUGACCCUAGUAGUUCAGUGACCUUGGCUCGGAAAGUUGUAUUGCCUCAAACGCCUUAACACUGUUAUGGAUGGCUAAAUCAUGACAAAAAAGUCUUCCAUUCAUUUCUCCAAGGAAGGAGUAGACUAGAUGACUGAGAUAAUGUGGUCCUUUAAUGGGAUUAUCUUUAAACUGGCAUCAUAAUAUUCUUCGAGGGUGCAGAAAUGGACAAAGAAGACGAGGAAAUUUUUCUUUUGCAGUUGAUUUUCAUAAGAUUGCAUUGAUAUCAGUUAUAACUGGGAAUCUUGUCUUUUUUCAUCAAGAGCAUUUGAAACGGACUCUGAGGGAGCAGAAGCGUACCUGGCAUUUGUUUCAGAAGGGUUGGACAGGUUUCCAGAGUGGGAGAAGCUAAGAAAAUAUCAAAGAAAGAAUGGCUCCAUCCUUGAUUCUCCCUCCACCACUGCUGCUGCACUGGCUCACCACUGUGAUGGGAAAUGCCUGGAAUAUUUACAAUCUCUCGUUCAGAAGUUUGAGAAUGCUGGUAUGACCUGACAUCCCUUGUAUCCAAUGAUUUUUUGGUAUUAAUAUGAUAAUGUUUGCCAUUUUUGCCUCUUGGUAUCUGUUUUUAAACAGUUCCAUCUCAAUACCCUUCGGACACACUCCUCCGACUUCAGAUCAUUGAUCUUCUUGAGGGGCUUGGAAUCUCUCAGCAUUUCAUUAACGAGAUAAAGAACAUUUUGGAUGAAGUGCACAGGUAGAGUAUUAGUUGUUUAUUUGCACCAUACUGAAAAAUUUCUAGUUAUUAAGCGGAUGCCUUAAACUGGCCAUAGGCAAUGGCUGAAAAAUGAUGAGGAAAUAAAAUCGAGUAUGAUAAUUUCUGCCAUGGCGUUUCGUUUGCUGAGGAUGAACGGAUAUGAGAUUUUGUCUGGUAUUCUUCCUCAAUCCGUAGCUACUAUUGUUGACUCCAUUAUUCAGUUUUCCAUGGAUAUGGUCUUCAAUCACGUGGACACAAUUCCAGGUUCAAUGGAUCAGAUAGAUGAGGAGUACUUCCAAAAUUCAUUGGACGGAUAUCUAGAAGAUUCAGACACGAUUCUUGAGCUAUACAAAGCUUCCCAGAUCAAAUUCCCGAAUGAAUGGCCCCUGAAGGAACUGGGUAUCUGGACGAGAAAUUUUCUGGUAAAAGAACUGUCAAAACAUGGAAAGGAUGAGAGGCUCAAAGAGGUUAGCAUCUGUGAUAGUGCAUUAGAUAUGAUGCUUUUAAAUAGCCAAGAUCGUAUGGAUGCACAAUAAAGUCUUCUUGCUAACACAGGUUAUAUUUUUGUUCAUGUUUUCAUUGGCAUUUGUGCUAUACUCUAAGGUGGACUACGCCCUGAGAGUCCCUUCUUUUGCCAGUUUACAACGUUUAGAACAUAGAAGAAGCAUUGCACAGUUGAAUAUUGAUCGCUUUCAGACCUUGAAAAUGUCUCAUGUGUAAGUUUAUAGGGUGGGAUUAAGCGAUUUCCAAUUGUUUGAAGUCAUUCCCCUAGUUCUAAUGAAAUGGUCUCAUGAUCUCCAUGCAUGAAGGCUGCGUCACCCAAAUGGUAAAGAGAUUCUGGCCUUUGUGGUUGAAGAGUUCAAUGGCUGCCAAUACUUAUACCGCAAAGAACUGGAGCACCUUGAGAGGUGUAUGAAUUAGAUUUUUUCUCUCUCUGAUUUGAUGGAAAGUCUUUUCUGUAAUGUUGACUUUUUCCUUUAAGUAGAUGGGUCAAAGAAAAUAGAUUGGAUCAGCUAAAGCUUCCUCGCCAGAAGCUGACAUACUGUUAUUUUUCUGCUGCUGCCACGCUCUUCCCCUAUGAAAUGUCUGAUGCUCGUAUAUCAUGGGCUAAAAAUGGUGUGCUCACCACCCUGGUUGACGACUUCUUCGAUGUCGUAGGAUCCAGAGAGGAACUCAUCAAUCUCAUGCAGCUAGUUGAUCAGUAAAUCUUUCUCUCCCUAUACUCCUGAUUUUCUUUUAAAUCAAACUUGAUUUAAAACACUUACCAGGUUGGAGGAAGUCAAUUGACAUUCGUCAAUUCCAUAUUUCAUUCCAGACAAUAUGCCAAUAAUAAAUAAAUAAAAUAAAACUGCGAAGUAAUUCUACUUUGAAAAGUGGUGAUCCCUCAAUCUUGACUUCCAGUAAUUUUCUUUUAAAACACUUACCAGGUUGGAAGAAGACUGCGAAGUAAACUGCUGCUCUGAACAGGUCAAGAUCAUAUACUCCGCAUUGCAUGCCACCAUCAAUGAGAUUGGCGCAAAGGCAUCCGCCAUGCAGGGGUACAGCAUCUUGGGUCACAUAAUCAACAUAGUGAGUUCUAUCAUUUUCCUUCCUAAUUUCAGCCUCUGGUAUUCCUAAGUACUAAUUCUUGGCAUGAAACUCAUGAUAUGGGCACAGUGGCGUGACCUAUUGCGGUCUUUUAUGAAAGAGGCAGAGUGGGCGGCAGAGAAAGCAGUCCCCACAAUGGAGCAGUACCUGGCUAAUGGAUAUGUAUCAUUUGCUCUGGGGCCCAUCAUUCUCCCAGCACUCUAUUUUAUUGGUCCAGUACUUUCCCCUGGUAUCAUUGAAGACCCAGAGUACAGCAAGUUGUAUCAACUUGUGAGCAUAUGUGGUCGUCUCCUCAACGACAUGCAAAGUUUUGAGGUGGGUUCCUGUCCCCCCGCAGUUCUCCAUUUCAUUUCUGGUUUAGUGCAUUAGAUAUUUUUCAUCACAAAAUUAGAGCUGAUAAUCUACUCGAGGAAGAAUGCCGAUGAAUUUGAUCUAGAUUUCUCGGUUUAAUGUCUGUUCAUCUACACUUGCACAAUCAAACUUGGCUGAGGGAGAGACGAAUUCUGACCUGGGUUGACUAGUGAACCGAGUUGAAUUGAAGAGCAUUAGCCGAACCCGUGUGAACUUGAAGGCCAAAAUGAUGCUCAUUUACUGGCUCCCAGCGUUUGUGUUCCAUACUAGAAUAUCUCAUCUGUUGAGGUUUUGAAGGCUUCAUGACCUGGUUUUCUUAGAUUUAAGAUAGUAGCCUGAAAUUUUGACGCAAUUUUGAUGAAUUGGGUAAAAAAAAAAGGUAGAUGACGGAAUGAAAACUGUAUGUUCUGACGGCGUUCUUAUAAAUCAUAUUGGGUUUGCCUGAAAUAACUGAUCCAAUUACCUCUAUGUUCUAUUUUCACCUAACCAUAGUUUUCUCAUAGUUAUUGUUGUUGUCUGACUUCUUGGCAUGUUCCACAAUUUUGCAUGUAAAACUAUUACCCACCAAUGAUGUCAUAAAUCAGCUAAUACCAGACAAAGAUUAUUACUGUGCAAAGUUUGAUUUCAUCUUUAUAUUUACGCAUUAAAAUUUGAGAAAAGAAAAUAUUUAUUAUAUUACUCCUAGUUGCAUUAACAAGUUUCUUCUACAGCAUUGGAAGUAUUAUGAAGCUUGAAAAUAUUAAGAUGCUUUGAAAGCAUCAGCAUUUCCAUGAGUUCAAUUGUUCUCUGAUUGCAUCGAUCGUUGGGUUAUACCUUGAUGAUUUCCAACUUUUCAUCAAGCUUUUAAGGCGAUUUCCCUGUGUAUUAAUUUUCUUCAUCUCCUGUUAGUCUUAUGAGAAAUAGCAUCAUCACUAUCAACAAUUAUUGCAGAGAGAAGAUAAGGAGGGCAAGCCGAACAGUGUCUCCUUGUUGGUCCUUGAAGGUGGUGGGUCCCUCUCUGUGGAAGGUGCAAAGGAAGAACUGAGGCACUUGGCAGAAAGGAACAGAGAAGAGCUGCUGGAAUUGGUAUUGAAGACCGAGGGGAGCACGAUUCCAAGAGCUUGCAAGGAUCUAUUUUGGAAUAUGAGCAGGAUUCUUCACCUGUUCUAUUCGAGAAGUGAUGGGUUCUCUUCUCCCACUGAGAUGGUUGGUGCUGUGAAUUCAGUCAUUCACAACCUCAUUUAA